AUGACCUCGUACAUGCCUCAAGAAGAAUUCGAAACCAAGGUGUACGACUAUGACGAGGUUCCUGAAAACAAGUCGUGGGCCGCCUCCUUACCGGUAGCUCAAGGAUUGUAUGAUCCCCAGUACGAGAAGGACGCCUGUGGAGUGGGUUUCACCUGUCACUUGAAAGGGGUUGCCAGCCACAAGAUUGUUAGUGACUCCCGUAAUUUGUUGUGCAACAUGACCCACAGAGGGGGAGAGUUGAAUCCCAAGGACGGAGAUGGGGCCGGAGUAUUGACGUCUUUGCCCCACAAGUUUUUGAAAAAAGAGUUCAAAUAUACCUGUAAUAUCGACUUGCCUGCCAAGGGCCAGUACGGUGUAGGGAACCUUUUUUUCAAGAAGGACGACUCGAUUUUUGAAAAAUCCAAAAUGACGUUUGAAGACAUUGCUGCCAGCUUGGGGUUGAAGAUUUUGGCCUGGAGAAAGGUUCCUCAUGACCUGACGAUUUUGGGUCCUGCUUCAUUGUCGAGAGAGCCGUUGAUUUUACAGCCGGCCAUUAUUCUCAGCGAGCUCGAAGGAGUGGAAUUGUCUGAGGACGAAUUUGAUUCCAAGUACAACAAAGAGUUCCAGAAGCGCUUGUUUAUCUUGAGAAAACAGAGCACCCACACCAUCGGGUUGCACAAUUGGUUUUAUAUCUGCUCCUUAUCCAACCAGACCAUUGUUUAUAAGGGUCAAUUGGCCCCAAACCAGGUGUUUGCUUACUACCAUGAUUUGGCCAACAGCGAGUACGAGGCCCAUUUUUCCUUGGUGCACUCGAGAUUCUCCACCAACACCUUCCCUUCAUGGGACCGGGCCCAGCCUUUGAGAUUGGCCGCCCAUAACGGAGAAAUUAACACUUUGAGAGGAAACAAAAACUGGAUGAGAGCCAAAGAAGGUAUCAUGAAGUCCGAGUUAUUUGGUGAUGAAUUGGACAAGUUGUACCCGAUCAUUGAAGAAGGGGGGUCGGACUCGGCUGCCUUUGACAAUGUGUUGGAGUUGUUGGUGAUUAACGGCUCCUUGACACUUCCCGAGGCAGUGAUGAUGUUGAUUCCAGAGGCCUGGCAAAACGAUAAGCUCAUCGACCCCAAGAAAAGAGCCUUUUACGAAUGGGCUGCCUGUCUCAUGGAGCCAUGGGAUGGCCCGGCGUUGUUCACCUUUGCUGACUCCCGAUACUGUGGGGCCAACUUGGAUAGAAACGGGUUGAGACCAUGUCGUUAUUAUGUGAUUGACGAUGACAGAAUCAUUGUCGCUUCCGAGGUGGGUGUCAUCGACGUGGAGCCCGAGAAGAUCCUACAGAAGGGAAGAUUGCAGCCAGGAAAGAUGUUGUUGGUGGACACCAAAGAAGGUAGAAUUGUCGAUGACCGGGAAUUGAAGGCUAAUAUUUCGUCCAAGUUCGACUUCAAAUCCUGGAUUUUGGCCAACAUGAUCACCAUGAACGACUUGAUUGAAAAGUUGCACAGCAAGUCGGUGGAUAUCAAAGAUACCAUUGCUCCAUCGGCUGAAACCGUCCAGAAGGACCCCAGGUUGAUCACGUUUGGCUACAGUCACGAGCAGAUGUCAUUGAUUUUGGCUCCUAUGGCCGAGGGAAAAGAAGCGUUGGGAUCCAUGGGUAACGACAAUGCCUUGGCUUGUAUCAGUGAACAGCCUCGGUUGUUGUACGACUACUUCAAGCAGUUGUUUGCCCAGGUGACCAAUCCUCCAAUUGACCCCAUUAGAGAAGAAAUCGUCAUGUCUUUGGAGUGUUACGUGGGUCCUCAAGGAAACUUGUUGGAAAUGAAGCCCGAUCAGUGUAACCGGUUGUUGUUGAAGUCACCAAUCUUGGCGACUGAGGAAUUGAAUGCCAUCAGACAAAUGACUACCGUCUACCCCAAAUGGCUGAGUUCCACCAUUGACUACACUUUCAACAAGAAGGAAGGUAUCCAAGGUUACAUCAAUAUCUUGGAUAGAAUCUGUCAGGAAGCCUCCACUGCCAUUGCCAACAACAACAAGGUGUUGAUUUUGUCGGAUAAGGCUACUGACGCAGACCACAUUCCAAUUUCUGCGUUGAUUGCGGUGGGUACCAUCCACCACCACUUGGUGAGACAGAAACAACGGUCCAAGGUGGCGUUGAUCAUCGAGACGGCCGAGGCCAGAGAAGUACACCAUGCGUGUUUGUUGGUGGGUUACGGGGCCGAUGCCAUUAACCCAUACUUGUGUAUCGAGACCUUGACGAGAAUGAAGGACGAAGGGUUGUUGAAAAACGAGUCAUUGACCAAUGACAAGAUCAUUGCCAACUACAAGUAUACCAUCAACUCGGGGAUCUUGAAGGUGAUGUCCAAGAUGGGUAUUUCCACCUUGAGUUCGUAUAAAGGUGCCCAGAUCUUUGAGGCCUUGGGUAUCGACAACUCCGUCAUUGACCGGUGUUUUGCCGGUACCGCCUCCAGAAUCAAGGGUGUCACUUUCGAGUACAUUGCCCAAGAUGCCUUCUCCAUGCACGAAAGAGGGUUCCCAUCCAGAGACACCGUCAAGCCCAUUGGAUUGCCAGAAACCGGUGAAUACCAUUGGAGAGACGGGGGAGAGGCUCACAUCAAUGAGCCUGCUGCCAUUGCAUCCAUGCAAGAUGCCGUUAGAAAUAAGAACGAAAAGGCCUAUGAUGCGUACGUCAAAAAGGAACAUGAAGCCAUGAGAAACUGCACCUUGAGAGGAUUAUUGGACUUUGACUUCAAAAACAGUACGCCAAUUCCAAUUGACCAGGUCGAACCAUGGACCGAAAUCGUCAGAAGAUUCUUCACGGGAGCUAUGUCGUAUGGGUCCAUCUCCAUGGAAGCUCAUUCCACCAUUGCCGUGGCUAUGAACAGAUUGGGAGGUAAGUCCAACACUGGUGAAGGUGGUGAAGAUUCUGCCAGAUCCAUUGUCAAUGCUAAUGGAGACACCAUGAGAUCAGCCAUCAAGCAAAUUGCUUCCGGUAGAUUUGGUGUCACUUCAUACUACUUGGCUGAUGCCGAUGAGUUGCAAAUCAAAAUGGCCCAAGGUGCCAAACCCGGUGAAGGAGGUGAAUUGCCUGGUAACAAGGUUUCUGAUGCCAUUGCCAAGACAAGACACUCUACUCCUGGAGUUGGGUUGAUUUCUCCUCCUCCUCAUCACGACAUUUACUCGAUUGAAGACUUGAAGCAGUUGUUGUACGACUUGAAAUGUGCCAACCCAAGAGCCAGAACCUCAGUCAAAUUGGUUUCGGAAGUGGGUAUUGGUACAAUUUCGGCUGGUGUGGCCAAAGCCGGUGCCGAAAACAUCUUGGUUAGUGGUCACGAUGGAGGUACUGGUGCUGCCAAGUGGACCUCCAUCAAGCACGCCGGUUUACCCUGGGAAUUGGGUUUGGCCGAAACCCAUCAAACCUUGGUGUUGAACGACUUGCGUGGAAGAGUUGUGUUGCAAACCGAUGGUCAAAUCAAGACCGGAAGAGACGUUGCCAUUGCCACCUUAUUGGGGGCUGAACAAUGGGGGUUUGCUACCACUCCGUUGAUUGCCAUGGGUUGUCUUUUGCUUAGAAAGUGUCAUUUGGGAACCUGUGCCGUGGGUAUUGCCACGCAAGACCCCGAACUUAGAAAGAAGUUCAAAGGUACUCCCGAACAUGUCAUCAACUUUUUCUACUACGUGGCCAACGACUUCAGAAAGAUCAUGGCUCAAUUGGGUUACCGUACCGUCAAUGAGAUGAUUGGCCGCACCGAAAAGUUGAUUGUCAGAGAUGACUUGAGAAACACCAAGAAUGCCAACAUCGACUUGUCACCCAUCUUAACUCCUGCUCAUUCCAUUAGACCAGGAGUGCCAACCUACUGUGUCAGAAAGCAAGAUCACCGGUUGCACGUGAGAAUCGAUAACAAAUUGAUCGAUGAGUCUGAAAUCACCUUGGCCAAGGGCUUACCCGUCACCAUUGACUGUGAUGUCGUCAAUACCGACAGAUCCUUGGGUACUACCUUAUCCUACAGAGUGUCCAAGACGUUUGGGGAACAAGGUUUGCCCCAUGACACCAUUCAUGUCAAUGUCAAGGGUUCAGCUGGUCAGUCCUUUGGAGCAUUUUUGGCUCCUGGUAUCACUUUGGAAUUGGAAGGUGAUGCCAACGAUUACAUUGGUAAGGGAUUGUCGGGAGGUAGAAUCAUUGUUUACCCACCCAAGGAGUCCAAGUUCAAGGCCGAAGACCAGAUUAUUGCUGGUAACACUGCUUUCUUUGGUGCCACUUCUGGUUCUGCCUUCAUCAGAGGUAUUGCAGCCGAAAGAUUUGCUGUGAGAAACUCCGGUGCCAACAUCGUGGUAGAGGGAACCGGGGACCACGGAUGUGAGUACAUGUCUGGUGGUAGAGUAAUUGUUUUGGGAUCCACCGGUAGAAACUUUGCUGCUGGUAUGUGUGGAGGUAUUGCUUAUGUGUUGGAUAUGGCCCAAGAUUUUGCCGACAAGUGCAACAUGGGUACGGUGGAGUUGAGUUCGAUCGAAGACCCCAGCGAAAUCGCUUUUGUCAGAGGUUUGAUCGAAGACCACAGACACUACACGGGAUCCGAGGUUGCUGACAAUGUUUUGAACGACUUCAACCGGAUCUUACCAAGAGUCGUCAAGGUCUUACCUACCGACUACAAGAAGGUGUUGGAGAAGGAAAAGUUACAGAAAUUGGAAGCCAAGCAGAAUGAGAUGAACCGGUUCUUGAAGUCCAUCAAGGAAGAUCCUGAAGCCGAUGUCACCAACGGUGAAGCAGCCAAGAUCAAGCAUGGACAUGUUCACAGACCCAGUAAGAAGAAUGAGCCCAAGGUGUUGGAUCUUGAAGAUACCAUUCCUGACACUGAAGUUGCCAAAAAGGCCGUGGCCAAGAUCGACAAGGUGAAGGGGUUCAUGAAGUACAAGAGAAGAAACGAAAAGUACAAGGACGCCAAGGAGCGGACCAACGACUGGAACGAAAUGACCACCCGGUUGACCAAGGAUGAAUUGAAGUAUGAGACUGCCAGAUGUAUGGAUUGUGGUAUUCCAUUCUGUACCUCCGAUACUGGAUGUCCUAUUUCCAACGUUAUCCCCAAGUGGAACGAGUUGGUGUUCAAGGACAGAUGGUUCGAUGCUUUACAGAGGUUGAUGAUGACCAACAACUUCCCUGAGUUCACCGGUAGAAUCUGUCCGGCUCCAUGUAAUGGGGCAUGUACUUUGGGAGUCAUUGAUGAUCCCGUCAACAUCAAGUCGGUGGAAUGUGCCAUCAUUGACCACGGGUUCGAACAAGGCUGGAUCAAGCCUCAACCUCCAAAAGUCAGAACCGGCAAAACGGUAGCUGUCAUUGGAUCUGGUCCUGCUGGAUUGGCUACUGCCGACCAGUUGAACAAGGCUGGUCACUUGGUCACCGUGUACGAACGAAGUGACAGACCUGGUGGGUUGAUGAUGUACGGUAUUCCAAACAUGAAGUUGGAUAAAGGUAUUGUCAAGAGAAGAACCGACUUGUUGGCAGCCGAAGGCAUUGAGUUUGUAUGCUCCACCACCAUUGGAGAAGACAUUACUCUCGACGAGUUGAAGGCUCAGAACGAUGCGGUGGUGUUGGCCAUUGGUUCUACCAUCCCCAGAGAUUUGAGAAUUCCCGGUAGAGAAUUGAACAAUAUCAACUUUGCCAUGCAAUUGUUGUCCAAAAACACCAAGGCAUUGUUGGACGGAACCUUGGAUGACAUCAAAGAAGAGAUCGAAGGCAAGCACGUGGUGGUCAUUGGUGGUGGUGAUACCGGUAACGAUUGUUUGGGAACUUCCACCAGACAUAAGGCUAAGAGUGUCACCAACUUUGAAUUGUUGCCCACUCCUCCAAACAUGAGACCAAAGGAUAACCCAUGGCCUCAAUGGCCACGGAUCUUCAGAGUGGACUACGGUCACACUGAGGUUGCCAACCACUACGGUAAGGACCCCAGAGAAUACAGCAUUUUGUCCAAGGAGUUUGUUGAUGAUGGUGAAGGUAACGUAAAGGGUAUCAAGACCGUCAGAGUCGAAUGGAAGAGAUCUGAUUCAGGUGCCUGGCAGAUGGCUGAAGUUCCUGGUAGUGAAGAGUUUUUCCCAGCUGACUUGGUGUUGUUGUCGAUGGGUUUUGUUGGUCCUGAGGCCGAUAACCUUGGAGUUUCUAAGUCCAAGAGGGGAACCGUCGAUGUUACCGAUCCAAAUGGAUACAAAGUUGUUGGAGAUGACAACGUGUUUACGGCCGGUGACUGUAGAAGAGGUCAAUCGUUGGUGGUUUGGGGUAUUCAAGAAGGUAGACAGUGUGCUAGACAAGUGGACAACUACUUGAUGGGUACCAGUAGAUUACCAGGAAAUGGGUCAGUCGAACAACGUAACUACAAGUUGUUAGAGGAGUUGGCGGAGAAGAUUUAG